GAGUUUGCCGGAAGGGGCAGUAGGCUGACUUACACGUACUGCUGUCGCAUACACGUAUGCUGGAAAGUUCAGUUUCCACGUGAGCAGAUGGGAAGUGAAGAGAUCAAGACUACUAGCCCAGUCAGUUGAGUAGAAUGAUCCACCAAGGCUGGUAUGCAAAUAUGUAUUUCGUCAGCCGAUUAUGUUUGGGAUAUAAAACACUGUUGAGCCAUUAUUGAUACUUAGAGCCAUUGAAUGGACUUGGUAGUAGUGUGAAGAAGUUCGUGCUGGGAAACUACUAGCUACAAAAUUGUGUUUUAUAUUGUGAUACCUUGAUAAUUUUAACGAUUUUAAUUCUCGCUAGUGCAGUGUAAAACGCUGCCCAUGUAAUAGAACGAUGUCUGUUUUAAUUCCGAGUAUACAACACAAUUCGCCUGAUACAGAAGGUAAGGCACUAUCCAACGAAAAUGGUGAAGUAGCUGGAAACUAUGAAAUUUUCCAACGUAUAAAUCAAAUGCUAGACAACACGUUAGACUUGACUUGUUAUACUGAGCCUGACUUUAAAAGUGAUAACCAAGUUUCAGAUUCUACCAUGGUAGAGCUCUUGGGAUUGAGUGGAAGAAAUAAUUGUUCAGGUUUCCAGAACUCUAACAUUUUAGCCAGCCCACAGUCCAGUAGUUAUAAUUGUGGAUUUUUCCAGAACUCUCUACCAGCUCGAAGCUUGGCAGCAUUAGUUUCUGGAUCUUCUCCAUCUUAUACUAAUGACCAAACUAACAAUCAACAUGUAAGAACACUGAAUUAUGGUAACUUUAAAUAUCCCGAUGUGGGUUCCUCGUUGAAUCGGAUGCUUCAGCAGAAUUCUAGCUUAAACUCUACAACCAAUAUGGGUCUACUUCGGCCCAUUAGAGCUGCUUCUCCUCCUUCCGUACAUCAUGUCUGUGAUCAAGGAAGCCCAACAAUAGAACAAGCUAUCUUAAUGGGCUGUGAUGCAUUUCGAGAGAACAGGAGCUCUUCACCAACAGAUUCUGACACUAGUGGAAUUAGUAGUGUUUCAGACUUGAGCAAUCUUUCUGAUCUUAUGAACAGUCUGAGUCUUGGAACUCCAAUUGGUAAUCUAAACCCUCUGGGGGCAGUUGGAUACCAAAAUACUCUGGGCAGCAAUCUAGUAAACAGGCCAGAAGAACCUCCCCUUUUUUCUUCGCCUUUCUUUUCCGAUCGACGAUGGACAAAUGUUAACUCUGUCUUUGGUUACAGAGAAAUGGACACAGUUGACCAUGCAGCUAAAAUUUACAGAAACUCAGCCUUGUUUAGCCAAGCCACCUGUACAUGGAGUGGUCAACUUCCUCCACGAAUCCACAAGAAUCCAGUUUAUUCCUGUAAAGUAUUCUUGGGAGGAGUACCUUGGGAUAUAACGGAAGCUGGAUUAGGAGAAGCGUUUGCACCUUUUGGACCCAUCAAAAUACAAUGGCCUGGUAGAGAUAGCAAAAAUCAAACCUAUCCACCAAAAGCUGGUUACGUGUACAUUAUUUUUGAUUCUGAAAAGUGUGUAAAGUCUCUUCUACAAGCCUGCACUCAUGACUUUAGCAAUGGGGGCAACUGGUACUUCAAGAUUUCUUCUCGCAGAAUGAGGUGCAAGGAGGUUCAGGUCAUCCCAUGGGUUAUUGGUGAUAGCAACUAUGUUCGUUGUCCAUCGCAAAGGCUGGACCCUAGCAGAACAAUCUUUGUUGGAGCUCUUCAUGGAAUGUUGAAUGCCGAAGGUCUAGCACACCUUAUGAAUGACCUUUUUGGUGGUGUUGUGUAUGCUGGGAUUGACACUGAUAAGUACAAGUAUCCCAUAGGUUCUGGCAGAAUUACCUUUAAUAACCAAAAGAGUUACAUGAAAGCUGUGUCGGCUGCCUUCAUAGAAAUUAAAACUUCAAGGUUUACUAAAAAAGUGCAAGUGGAUCCAUACCUGGAAGAUGCAAUCUGCUCUAGCUGUCAGUUGCAGCAAGGGCCAAUCUUCUGUCGAGACUUGUCGUGCUUCCGCUACUUCUGUCGAGCUUGCUGGCAGUGGCAGCAUUCUCUAGACUCUACACGAAGCCAUAAGCCACUAAUGAGAAAUAACAAAUCCUGUCGUUUGAUAUGAGAGUGAGAAGUGUGGCUAGAAGAUUAACUACACAUGUGUAUUUUUGCAGAAAUUUGUAUGCUUUGUUAAAUUUUAAGUUUUUAUUUUGCCACAAAGUAACUGAUGUAGUCAAAUUGGGCUUAUUUGAUGACUAGUUGAAAUGUUAGUUGAGUCUUGUUAUUUUAUAUUGGGCACUGUUAACUUAAGCUGUUAUGGAGUGUUUAAAUAUGGCUAACCCAUUUAUGUUAAUGUUUUGUUUUUUGUACAUAGUUUAAGUCUAUUAAUAUGGAAAAUAUUUCUAAAGUAUUAAGUUAACCUUUAAAUUGCAACCAUGGCUCUCAAAACUAUUUACAAAUUCUAAAGUUUUCUGUUUUAUUUAAUACAUUCCUAGUUACAGUAGCACUUCUAUAUGUGUUGGUGAACUUAACUUCAGCCACCAGGGAACUUGUUUUGUUUUUUUUAAACUGGCCAAUCACAACUUUGUUUUUUAUGGAUCAUUAUAACUUUUUUGGAACCCAUUUAUAUUUAAUCUAAACACAAGUCUGCAUUUCCUUGGAGCUCUUGUAUGACUUGUAUUUUCAUAAUUUUUAAAGACUUGCUAUUGGCUUCUGUUGUUGCUAAUUAAUACUUUGGUACUUUUAGUAAAGGCUGUUUAUCUAUUUUGUAUAUCUCUCGUAAGCCUUAAUUAAUUUCAAUCUUAACUUGUGUGGAAAUUUAAAGGCAUCUAACUGUGAUGCUUUAAGACUAUUACAUUGUACUUACUUUUUUUAGAUUCAACUCUGAGAACUUUAAAUGUUAGUAGUUUGUCACUUUUAACCUGAAAAUCUUGGUGUAGUUGGUGCAUUUUUUUUUUUUUUCCCCCCAAACUGUGACAUUUUUUAUCAAUUUUGUGCCAUUUAAAUUUUCUGUUGCACUUAACUGUGUUUUUUAAGUAAAAUGACACUUACUGUGAUUUUUAGCUCUCAUUAGAUUAGUUAAAAGAACUAUAAAUUUAAUGUAGAACAGACUAGUGACUGUUAUGUACAUUUACUACUUGGGAUAAGAAAGAAAUGGAUAUUGUGUUUUUACCCUGGUCUAGCUUUGACCUUUUUAUAGAACACUGCUUGAAAGAGGGGCAAGUAUCUCUAGGUUCUUCCAGGACUUAUUACCAUCUACUUCCAAUCCAUUCAAACAAGGUUUCUUGAAAAUGGCAGCUGUAGCUAUUGAAACCUUGAUGGCAAGAAUUCACACGAUAAUGACAAGGACUGGCAAUGGACAAAACUUUGUGUUCUAACUACUAACUUUCUCCAUUCUGUAGUCCUAACUUUGUAUAAUUUUCAAAUUUCUUUUUAUGCUUUGUGGUUUUGGUUUCUCUUAUAAAAGAAAAAAAAAUAUAAAAAAUAAAUGGCUUCUAGUGGUUCUUUUCUUUUUUUGUAAUACGGGUAUUAAGUAGCAUUCCAUGUUACUUUGUUUCCAGUUGUCAACAGUCUUUCAAAAAGCAAUUGUAAUUUAAGGACUACAGAAAUUGGACAACUAUUUUUGUUUUUGUAAUUGUUUAAGAUUAAAAAUAAAGCAUUGUAUGGGCA